AUGGCUAGCUCAAAUUCUCAAAACGUUAUUCGCAGAGUCGAUGGCAAAUCCGUACAAUUGGCGUUAUGGGACACUGCAGGUCAGGAAGACUACGAGAGGCUACGGCCGCUGGCUUACUCAAAAGCCCAUGUCAUCUUAAUCGGGUUCUCAGUUGACACACCUGAUUCUUUGGAGAAUGUAAAGAACAAGUGGAUUGAGGAAGCGACACGACUAUGCGCUGGCGUCCCCAUCAUUCUAGUAGGAUUAAAAAAGGAUCUUCGAGAGGAUCCAGUAGCAGUUGAGGAAAUGCGCAAAAAAUCUCAGCGGUUCCUCACACCCCACGAUGGAGAGAUGGCUGCUCGGGAAGUUGGGGCGAAGCGUUAUCUGGAGUGUUCGAGCUUGAGCGGCGAGGGAGUCGACGACGUUUUUGAAGCCGCAACACGAGCCGCCCUCCUGACAUUUGAAAAAGGCGAAGGAGGCGGUUGCUGCGUCGUUCUGUGA